CAUUCAUUUAACAGAGCUUUGCCAUUGAAUCAUGGAGUCAUCAUCUGGGGUCAAAAGAUCGACCCAAGUCUUCACUUUACAACCAAAUGAAACUGUACUGACUGCACUUCCCUAUGGACCUCAUAGCUCUCUGCUGGAUUUCCUGAAGGGAGAGCCAAAAGUCUUGGGGGCUCUCCAGAUCCUGCUUGCUCUGAUCAUUGCGGGUGUUGGAGCUAUAUUUGCAUUUAACUACUUCAAUUUCACCCAAAGAUUUCCGCUCGUGUUCUUCACAGGAUAUCCAUUCUGGGGAGCACUUGUUUUUAUUAUAACAGGAUGUAUCACAGGAUCCAGCAAAAAUGACAAAUGUCUGGGACAAGAUGCCACAGGUAUGAGUAUUAUCAGUUCCAUGGUUGCGGUAGCUGGGAUUACCCUCACCGUUAUCAGCUACAGACAGCAACACAUGUACUGCCAGGCGCCUUCCCUUGAAGGAAUAUGUGUUAUAGGCAGAGUCCUUUACAACGGAAUUUUGUCAGUCUUGCUGAUCAGCAGCAUAGCACAGCUCAGCAUCUCUGUGACUGUCGCCUCCUUUAGAAGCAAGUGCUGGACAAGGUCGAAUGAGAUCGUGUUUUUCUUGCCUUUGGAUGUUACUCAAGAUAGUGAACUAUCUGUCCCAGAAGAAAAUGCUGUAAUACAGUUUGAGCAUCAAGAAGAGUCAACAAGUGAUGUGUCAACAACAAACAUACAACCUGUUUUCUUCGGAGGCUAUACUUUCUUCAAGUUAAGAGUCACAAGACACCCUUCAGCCUUCCAACAUUCUGUAUCUGUGGCAGAUGAACAACAGAAAUACAGCCCUCCACCUUUAAGCCUUUAUGAGGAAGACCUGGAGCUGGAAUCUCUGCCCCUCAGUUUAGAGCUAAGGCCUUCAGAAAUUAUGCACACCAACGAACUAAAUGAUGAAGACCUACGAAUUGCUAUCAUACAAUCCCCAGAAAAGAAAACCCAACUGCUGCAUGCCCGACCCUUGCAACUCCAAGCUCUUCCACCUUAUGCUGAAAAAGAUUACCAAGCUUUACAACCCCAAGUCUUACCAUCCCAACCUUUGCCAGCAAAAGCCCAGCCAUCUGAAGCCCCAACAUCUCAUGUCACAGAGUCUCAUGGACUGACGUCCCAAGACAUGCAGCCCCAGCAUAAACCAUCUGAAAAUACACAAUCCGUAGAUACACUCUCUCAGUGCAGACUAGGCCCAGAUACACCUUCCCAAGAUACCUUUUUCCAAAGGCGAGUUCUGCCAGUAAAUGCCAUGCCAUUUGAAGUCCCAACAAUACGCAUUGUGGAGCCCCUUAAUACCCAACAUCGAGAUCAACAAUCUCUAGAUUUUCAACUACAAAACAUUCAAUCUCAAGACCACAAAUCUAUACAUUUAUCCUAUCAAGACAUUAAAUCAGAAGUCAAGUUACUGACUGAAGAAUGGAAAUCUGAGGAAGAACUUCAUAGAAGGAAAUCAUCAAAGCAGCAUUCCCUGUAUCAGCAAAACGAAGACUGGCAACCUCUAAAAGAGAAACCUCUUGACUUGAAAAUCCAAGCCCAACAGUCCCCAAGGAGGAAAUCCCUAGACAAGCACAUCAAAAUCUGGCUAUCCCAAAAGAAGCAAUACAAAGAUAAACAAGUCCAAGUUAAUGAAACCACACUGCAACUCCUGGAUGAGCAAGUUGACGACCAAAAGGGCAAAGAGGAGAAACCCCCAAAGCAGCUGUACCAAGAUCAGCAAUCCCAAAUCCAGGAAUACCAUGGCUGGCAAGCUCAAGACCAGAAAAUUCAAGGCUGGCAAUCUUUAGGCCAGCAAUCUCAAGACUACAGAACUCUAGAAUGGAAAAACAAUGAAUGGAAAGCACAGGAACGGCAACUUGAAAUGCAGCAUUCCCUAAAUUGGGAAUCCCAAGCCAGGCAAACCCAAGAUCUACUACUGAAAAAAUCCCUCAAGCAGAAAGCUCUCUUCCAAGAAACCCAGCCCUUGUAUGCCGUAAUUCCACCUCACCUAGAUGGACAAGUACAAGAUGUUCCCUAUCAAGACAGUCAGCAUCAAGAUAAAGACCAAGAAGACCUUCAGCCCACAAGAACUCGAAAAGAAGAUAUGGAAAGAGAUGCUGUGCAAACAAGAGACAUCAACCCAGAGGACGUGAAUUGUGGAAGCAAAAGCCCAAGUGACGUGCAAUCAGAAGACAUGAAGCCAGACUUCAACUGUUCCUCUUACCAAAGCUCAGCACAAGGCACAGAUUUCACCUAUUUGUCCAAUUUAAAUUCAGAACAAGACGUGCAACAAAACACUUCAGUGUGCUCAACUGCAAGCAAAGACCUGACUUUAACUCCUACCUCAAGUUACCCAAAUGAAAGACAGCAGUCUGAAGACUCUGACUAA